AUGCUGCGGGAUGAGGAACAGAUCCUCCCAUCCCUGAGACUGAACGGCGGAUGGGUUCAAGUCAACAUUGGCCAGACGAAUCUCGACCGCGAUUCAUGA